GUAAUACUGAAUUGAAAUUCUCCACAUUUUAACUUUAUCCUCAUAAUGCAAUUUUAAAAAAACAACGUUUUUUAAUGCCCGGCACAUAAAGUUUCAAUCUUGUACCUUCAACAUUAUUCAAGUUUAAAAAAAGUAAAGCUCUUCUGGUUUAUGUUAUCUUAUGUCUGGCACUAAUAUUCUUCCAUAGACUAUCACCUGGGAAAAUGUCCUAUUGUUGAAGAGCAGACUUCCCUCAAAGCACAGGUGCUGCUAAUCACAUAAUGAUUGCAAUUAAGCCAGCAUGCACGAGCAAAGUCUUGUGUGAGUGCUACGCACUCUUUAUCAACGCAAUCAAUCACACCUGCGAUAAGGGAGUCAACAUGUCUAUUUCUCUGGUUUAUUGUUAUGUUAAACUGCAGAAUAUGUGACCCAAAAGUGGGAAAAAAUUACAUGAAUGUAUUAUAAAGCAAGGAAAACACCUUUCUAAAUAGUAAAUAAAAUGCUACCGUGACUUUCUAAAGAUGUGUGCAACCACAAAAGGUGACUUUAAACGCACCGUAGGAAUACACUUGCAUAACAACAGGGAUCCGGAUAAUGGGAGGAGUAAGUGAGGACAGCAAAGCCUGUAAAACACGUUCCGUGAACGCACCAAUCCAGUCGGCUUUUCUCUGCGUAGCCCGGAGCAGCAGAUCCCCGCUCUCUUCUCUCUGAGCCGCCACAACAUUCCCCACAGCAUUCCCCCUCUUCGGUGAACAGUUAACUUGUUUUUAUCAGAGAGCUGCGUCGGGACAAACCGAGCUCUCGGGAUGGAUGCUGCUGCUGCGGAGAGGAGCGCCGCGGAGAGCCGGCUGGAGAGAUGCAGCCACACGGCGUUCAUAGAGGACAACACUCUGUAUGUGUGGGGAGGCUACAAGGUGAGAAACGCAGGCUAGCUGUACCUGUGCAGGUAGUUGGUGGAGAGGACAUUGUGUUGCCCAGUGAUGAGAUAUGGCUCUGUGAUUUGGACAGCGGGAUGUGGGAAAUGAGGGAUAUGAACGGAGACAGACCACCAGACUUGUCCGGCUUCUGUGGCUCUUAUCUAAACGGCACAUUCUACAUCUUUGCAGGAUGCGACCCUGUUGGAUACACAAACCAGAUGUUCAGCGUUGAUCUCACAGAGCAGAGCUGCAUGUGGAAGAAAGUGACCGACACAAAAGGAACGACACCCUCACCUCGAAACAAACACUCCUGCUGGGUUUACCGAGACAGAUUAAUCUACUUUGGUGGCUAUGGGUGUAAGACGAUAGGACAGGUACAGAACACACCGUCAUCAAGCUUUGUUGUGGAGGAGAUGUCCUGGGCAACCAUUGGAGACAUUUUAUUUAGGUGCUGGGGCUGGAACAAUGAAGUCAGUGUUUAUGAACCACAUACGGCCAUGUGGAGCAUGCCAGAGACUCGGGGUCCUGCUCCUGCACCCAGAGGCUGCCAUGCAAGUACACUUCUGGGAAACAAAGGUUACAUCUCUGGUGGUGUGGAAACGGCUGAGUUGGACAUGUACUGCUUAGACCUGGACACCUGGACCUGGACUCAAUUUGACAUCUCCUCAUCUUGCUCACCUCUGGGCCGCUCCAUGUUCACCAUGACGCCAACAUCAGAUAACACGCUCUUCAUUUACGGCGGUCUUGGCACAGACGGAAACACUCUUAAUGAUGCCUGGCAGUUUAACAUGCAGAAGAAAGAGUGGAAAGAAAUAACGCACCAACACAAGGACAAGCCCAGAGUGUGUCACACAGCGUGCCUGGGAAGGGACAACGAUGUCGUGGUGUUCGGGGGAAGCAGCAACAUGUGCCUCCUCAUGGACUCGGUGACUGUUCUGAGGGCUCCAUCACAAAACCAGUGCAGGGACGUCUUCAUGUUUCAGACCCAGCCGUACUCCCUGUUCAGACUGUGUGAAGACCUCAUAGCAAAAAACUCUGAAGUUUUUGAGGAGCAGCUGACCUGGCUGCCAUCAAAGCUACGGAACAAAAUUGACAAGCGAGUGGCCUUUUUCUCCUCUACGAAUCCUGUUCUUACAGCUUGAACACAACAAUAGGUUUUUUUAUUAAUUAGAGCAAGUCAAUUACUAAAACAAAAAUGUUAUUUUUUUGUACGUUUGGAAGGUUUGUGGGUUUUUGUAAAAAGAAAGUGCUAUUGUUUUAACUUAAGAUUUGUAUGUUUUUUGCCUUAUUUUUAAACAACCAGUUUAGAUUCGGUAAAAUUUUACUCUAUUAUAGUGAUUUUAAUAUUGUUCAAUCUGUUUUUGAAUAAAGGAAUUGAUAUGUUGUA